CACAACACAAGUAUUAAUUAGUUAGCAACAUUGCUAUUCAUUUGCUUUUUUAUAAGACAGGACCUGUGGAUAUGUUGAGGAACAUGGAACUAAAGACACAAGGCUUCACCGCGAAGGCCGCCAUGAAAAACUCCGUGGUGGUGGGUCCCCCGGCUGCAGGGGCUUUCCGAGAGCGCCCUCCCAAACCAACCACCUUUCGCAAGUUCUACGAGCGCGGGGAGUUCCCGAUGGCACUGGAGCAUGACACCAAAGGCAACCGCAUUGCAUGGAAGGUGGAGAUUGAGAAGCUGGACUACCACCACUACCUGCCUCUGUUCUUUGACGGCUUAUGUGAGACGGUGCAUCCCUACGAGUUCUUCGCCCGCCAGGGGGUCCAUGACAUGCUGGAGCACGGAGGCACCAAGAUCCAGCCCGUCAUCCCCCAGCUCAUCAUCCCCAUAAAGAAUGCUCUGAACACGAGGAACCGACAGGUGAUCUGCACCACCCUGAAAGGCCUGCAGCAUCUGGUGAUGUCCGGAGACAUGGUGGGGGAGGCUCUGGUGCCGUACUACAGACAGAUCCUGCCCAUUCUCAACAUCUUCAAGAACAUGAACAUCAACUCUGGAGAUGGCAUCGACUACAGCCAGCAGAAGAGGCAGAACAUCGGGGAUCUGAUCCAGGAGACUCUGGAGGUGUUCGAGCGCUACGGAGGAGAAGAUGCUUUCAUCAACAUCAAAUACAUGGUGCCCACAUACGAGUCCUGCAUGAUCUGCUGAGCGGGGAAAGGAGAGGGGGGGGAGUGUCCCUGACGUUAAACAGACUCUUGACUUUACCUGUUUCUCAGUUGUUUUUAUCUGCCCCAAGCGCUAAAAUUAAACUCUUAUCUUAUCA